GUAUGUUUUCCCAUUCCCAUGUCUCAUCUACUUAUACUCGCUCGUUCCUUGUCUCUUGAAUGAACACAAGCAGUGUGGGACUAAUCGUUUUGCGGAGAGAAACAUUAUCAGGUUUUAUCUAUAUGGGAGGAAAAUAAACACCGAGAUGUUACACCGUUCAGCACCAGUGGUCUUGUGGCUUUUCUUCUUCUUCUUCUGCUCAUUUUUUUCUUUUCUCUAAUGCUCGGAAACCUACAUCAACUAUUCCUAAACAUGACGGUAUAAUAUACGAUCAAAAUCAACCAAGGAACUCCAGCUCAAGCCAACGUAAGACUAGUAAUCGAUCUUGGUGGAAAAUUAUUUGCAUCAUCAUCUCGGAUUCACUUGCAUAUUUAAGGUUAUUAGUUAUUAGGUUUCAUGGAGGGGAGUGAGAAUUUAUUAAAAGCUAUCUACGAAGACGAUAGUCUAGAAGAUUAUCAAGAUGCUGACAUGCUUGAUUCAGAGACUUUGGAAGAAGGGGAGUGUAGGAUACAAAUUGGUAGUUUGCAGUUGACUGAAACUAGUAAGUCUGUGGAAGGAGAGUGCACGGGGAAGAUUGGAGACUUAGGAUUGACAUAAAUGGGAAGCAGGGGUGACGUUACAGUAAACCAAGCAUCUAAUACAAACAAGAAGAAGAAGAAUAAAAACAAGAAGACUGGUCCUGCCCCAGCUAUCAAAAACAUGAAUAAGUUCGUUAUUGAUACUUGUAAAUGCUUGAAGGAGAGAAAAACUUAUCUUGUUUGGAAUGCUGUGGGUGUUCUUGGUGUCUCUGCUCUGAGCGAUAUUGUCAACGAGGUGGAUGCAAUUCAGGCAUGUGGAGGACAGAUGACUGCUGAUGGAAAGCAUCAUCGCUAUGGUGGUGGCAUAUUAUGGGGCAUUCUGAAGAAACGUGACCCUAAUGCUUACAAAGAGAUCAUGGUCAAGGGCAAGGAAAUUGAGAGGCAAUUCAAACAACAAGCGCCAAAGGAAUUAAACCCGUCUUUGCAAAAGACUGCACAAUCCUCAAUUGCUGGUCCAAUGAUUAACCACACAUCAGCUGGAACUGCCCUUGCACCUCCUCUAAACUGUAGACCCGCAGCUUGUAAUAUAAAAAGAGAAUGUAUAUCUGUUCUGAAUAGGAUUCGGGUACCUGUAACUUAUGAUGACUUGCUUGGAGAAGAAGUGGAGGACCAUGAGUGAACGUGAUGAUUUUUUUUUUCUGAAUCAUGGCAUACUCAGCUGAUACGUGUAAAGAAUGCAAUUUUAAUUUUGUUGAUAUGAUUCUUCCUUAGGAUAUCUGUUGUAGUUUCCUCUGAAAAAAUUAUGUUUCUCUAACAGAAGAGAAAAAAGUGAGUCUCUCUAGCAGAAGCAUGUUUUUUUUUAAUGCCGCAAGUUUGACACACUCGGAGACUAGGAACAAUGGCAGCUUCUGAUAAUGUUUUUUUGGAUGCCACAAUUUUGAACACUCAGCAUUAAUACCUUCCAGUGUAAAACAUUUUGAUCACAUAUAUACAUGUAUGGAAGGAGUUCAAUUUUGUGCACACUCCUCUGAAGAGUGUAUAUUUGACAUGUUCAUUUGAUUGGUUGAUUA